AUGACACAAAAUAAACGUCAAGGCAAUGAGUCAUUAACCGUUGCUCAACAAGUUACUACCGAAAAUAUCAAUACUCGUAAACGUAUUUCAUUUGCUCAGCUGAAACAUGUAGUUUCAUCCAACCUGCCGUGCUUCCACGUACAAUGGCCACCUGACACUGAUCGAAAAAAAAUACCAUCAGCUAUAUGUGCGAGUGAGCUAAUACGCAAAGAAUUGAAAAGAAAUAGAGUAGAAAUCAAUGGAUUUACCCUAGUGGGUUGGGCUGGUAGAAAACUUAAACUAGGUGUGAAUAAUAAAGUCGACUACGCUACUCUUGUCGCAACUGAUAAAUGGCCUGCUAAGAUCAAUGGAGUCGAUAUUGAAGUCAUAAAGCCUAAAUAUACGCCAGACGCUUUCGUACUUGUUAUUCGUUAUGUUCCACAAGAAUUAGAUGAAGAAUUCGUAGCAAACGAAAUACAACGUACUAUUGCAUCGGCAAAUCAUACAAGUCGUAUUCGGUAUAAUUACAAAAGAAAAACCAGUGAUUAUAGGUUCAAAGUCAAAGAUUAUCAAGAAUAUCAAUCAAUACUAAAACUCGGUCGUAUUGCUAUAGGUUAUUCAUGGCUAUCAGUUACUCCAUUUUAUCCAGGUAAUCGUUUGACCUAUUGUACCAAAUGUUGGUGUAUUGGUCAUUUGAGAAACCAUUGUAAUUCAUCAGCUAUAUGUCGAAUCUGCCUUGAGAUGCUCACAGAAAAUUCAUUGCACAUUUGUAAAAAGGAAACUAAAUGUGCACAAUGUAAUGGAAAACACCACUCUCCGGAUAAUCAAUGUCAGGUAAUUCGUGACUAUAAGCUACAAUUAAAAGUAGACGUUGAAGAAGCUAUUAAUAGUGGCAAAUUACAUCGUAUUUUACCAAAAGAAAAAGCACCAACAUUCGAACUCCGAGAACAAGAUUUUCCAGCAUUAGCAACAAAUACUGUGAGUCAACCUCCGAAAUGA